AUGCCUUGCUCGACGAGAACAACCUUUCCGGUAGGAAACAAAGACUUCACCAAUGCAACUGUUGUCAUUAUCGGAGCUGGAAUAUCUGGAAUAUGCAUGGCCAUUGACUUGAUCAGAAGAAACAACUGUUACAACUUUGUGAUUUUGGAGAGAAGCAGCAGUGUGGGUGGGACCUGGAAUGACAACAAGUAUCCAGGCAGUUGCUGCGAUGUCUGGAGCACGUUGUACAGUUAUUCCUUUGAGCAAAACCCGGACUGGUCAAGAGAAUACCCCGGGCAGGAAGAAAUUCAUCAAUACUUGGUUGGUGUCGCGGAGAAAUAUGGACUCUACAAGCACAUCCGAUUCAACUCGACGGUGGAAGAGGCCCGUUGGGACGAAGCCGAAGCCAAGUGGAAAACCAAACUGUCAUUGUCAGGACAAAAGGACAGUGAAUUCUCGACCUCCUAUACCAUCAACUCGGAUUUCCUAGUCUCUGCUGUCGGCCAGCUCAACCUUCCCAGAUAUCCAGCCAUCUCAGGACUCGAUGAUUUUCAGGGAAAGCUCAUGCACUCCGCUCGAUGGGACUGGACCUAUGACCUGAAAGGAAAGCGAAUCGCUAUGAUUGGAAACGGUGCCACCGCUGCUCAAAUAGCACCAGAGGUUGCACAGCUUGCUUCCCAGUUGACUAUUUAUCAACGAACACCAAACUGGGUGAUCCCUCGAAAUGACGGACCAGUUUCUGCUUUUCAAAAAGCCUUGUUCAGAUGGCUUCCGCCGCUUCAAUGGCGCAAACGUGCCGCUCAAAUGGACUAUCGCGAAAGCUUUUACGAAGCAGUGGCGGACAAAGACUCGGAUUUCGCUCAGGCAAUUCGAAGCGCGUGUGCAGCCACACUGAGGGCCCAUUUGCCCGACAGUCCAGAACUAUGGGAUACACUUACACCCAAUUAUGCGCCAGGAUGCAAGCGUAUUAUCAUUACAGAUGAUUACUAUCCCACUCUUGCCCGCAAGAACGUUGAUCUAGAGACACGAGAAAUCACAAGCAUCACCGAUGUCGGUAUUGAAGUUGAUGGAGAAGAUGAACAAGAGUAUGAUCUGAUCAUCCUCGCCACUGGCUUUAGGACCGUUGAGUUUAUGCAUCCCAUCAAAAUCUACGGGUCUGGGGGUCGGCCUUUGGAGGAAAUUUGGAGCAAUGGCGCAAGAGCCUACAAGGGUGUGACGGUCGAGGACCUACCAAACUUUGGAAUGUUCUAUGGCCCCAAUACCAACCUGGGUCAUAACUCUAUCAUUCUGAUGAUCGAAGCCCAGUCGCGAUAUCUCAAUGCACUUGUUGGCGAAGUGAUCAAGGCUCGCCAGCGUGGUGAGACUCUAUCAUUGAGACCCACAGCUGAGGCUCUGCAGAAAUUCAACGACAGAAUCCAGUCAGUUCUAGAGACCACUAGCUUUGCAGAUCCGAAUUGUGGCAGUUGGUAUAAGAGAGAUGACGGUGUGGUCACCAACAACUGGUCUGGAACUGCGAUAGACUACCAGGUUGAACUGUCCAAGAUAAUUUGGCAAGAUUAUACAACCGAGGGCACUGAUACGAAGCGAUUCCUGAAGAAGACCGAUACCAAAGUUGGUCAGGUAAAUGAAGGAUCCAUACUGAGUGACAGGUCACUUGUUGUGGGAACUGUUGGUAUCUUGUCGGUGGCAAGUUAUUUCAUCGCUCGGUCGAUGCUUACCAAGGCCCAUUGA